AGAUCUUAAAUAGUAAGUUAAAAUGCCCAGCAAUAGUAGUUACUGAUUAGGCGAUCAGCGAAUAUAUUCAGGGAGAAUUAUAUUCUCCGUAGUGAUCUAUAAAAGAAAUACUUAAUGUGAAGUGCAUCUGCUGUGAAAAAAGUUAUCGCAUGACAACUGGAAGAAGGGAGCGAGUUUAAAGUGCAUUUGAAUUUAAAAUUUGUGCAGUGAUUUAACUUGAAUCAACCAGGAUGAAACAAUCGGUGAUUCUGAUUUACUUUUGUUACCUUUUGCCCCCUAUUCUAACUGGAACCUCUGCCGAAAACAGUGCGUGUAUGAGCCUUGAAUGGCAAUGCAAAAGUGGACAAUGUAUUCCACUUGACGCAAAAUGUGAUGGAGUUGUAAAUUGUGGAGAUGGAAGCGAUGAAAGUGCUGAAUUUUGUCUAGAAACCUUUUGUCCAGAAUAUUCAUUCAAAUGUGCCUAUGGAGCAUGCAUCAGUGGCACUUCAAAAUGCAAUGGAAUAAAAAAUUGUGCUGAUAAUUCCGACGAAUCUGUACUACUUUGCGGCACUGGAUCUGGUAGAUUCGGCAAAAAGUGUCCAGAAAAUUACUUUCAAUGUGAUUCCGGGGACUGUAUAUCGUCAGAUGAACAUUGUGACGGUCGAAAAAAUUGCGCGGAUGGCUCUGACGAAACUCUGAAAUCAUGCAAGACUGUCGACUGUCCUAAGUUCUCCUUCAAGUGCGCAUACGGAGCGUGUAUUAGCGGUAGAUUCAAAUGUAAUGGGAUCAACGAAUGUCAUGACGGAUCUGAUGAAGCGAAGGACCUUUGCGGAUCAAAAAUAGGGUCGCCACUGUCAGGAGAACCAGGUUCAUGUCGAGUGACACUUGGAUCGAAUAUGAUCAUAGCGCUCAAAAUGAAUCAAUCGCUACCAAUUAAUGAAGGUGAUUUUGUAAAUGACGUGUCGAGCAUUAUAUACACAUGUAAUAGAGGUUACUCUUUAUUGGGUCGGAAGGAUAAUGUAUGUUUUAGAGGCUCGUGGGCAUAUCCUCCACCGAAAUGCAUCAAAACCUCUGCCGAAAACAGCCCGUGUCUGAGCCUUGAAUGGCAAUGCAAAAGUGGAGAAUGUAUUCCAUCUGACGAAAAAUGUGAUGGAGUUGUAAAUUGUGGGGAUGGAAGUGAUGAAAGUGCUGAAUUUUGUCUAGAAACCACUUGUCCAGAAUAUUCAUUCAAAUGUGCCUAUGGAGCAUGCAUCAGUGGCACUUCAAAAUGCAAUGGAAUAAAAAAUUGUGCUGAUAAUUCCGACGAAUCUGUACUACUUUGCGGCACUGGAUCUGGUAGAUUCGGUAAAAAGUGUCCAGAAAAUUACUUUCAAUGUGAUUCUGGGGACUGCAUAUGGUUAAAUGAACAUUGCGAUGGUCGAAAAAAUUGCGCAGACGGGUCUGACGAGACUCUGAAAACAUGCAAGACUGACGACUGUCCUAUGUUUUCCUUCAAGUGCGCAUACGGAGCUUGUGUUAGGGGUAGUGCUAAAUGCAACGGGAUCAACGAGUGCCAUGACGGAUCUGAUGAAGCGAAGGACAUUUGCGGUGAAAGAAUUGAAACGAAUGUCAAUCUACCUCUACCUUCGGAUACCACAUCGUCAAGACUAAGAUCGGCGCGAUCAACAGAAGUUGGUUCAUGUCGAGUGGUACUUGGACCGAAUAUGAUCAUCACAGCCGAAAAUGAUACAUCACUCGAUCUUAAAAAUGGAGAUCUUAUAAAUGACCUGUCCCCCGUAAAAUACAAAUGCAAAAGUGGUUACACUUUAUUCGGUCCAGCAGACAAUUUAUGUUUUAAAGGCUCAUGGGUAUAUGGUCCACCGGAAUGUUUAAAAACGUGCCCGAAUACCGUAAUUGAGGGCAUCACAUUCCACGUUACUUGUGCAAUCAAUAGGACCAGAGUUUCUUGCGAGGGCCCGAUUCGUCCUGGGACAAUAGCUAUGGUUACAUGUGCAAGAGGGUAUAAAAAACCGGACCGAUCAGUGCGUGACACUCUUAUCUGUGAUACCAGCGGAGAAUGGGAUUAUCAUUCAUACAGUUGUGUGCCAAUUUGUGGCCAAAAGACUGCAGAACAAUAUCGCGCGCUCCGAUCUAUUUCCGUUAGCAUUUCCCAAGUCCCUUGGUAUGCAACUAUAUAUCGAAGAGGUGACCAAGGAGCCGAACACAUUUGCGGUGGUACUAUAAUAAGUGCCAAGCUAGUAAUUUCAGCCGCUCACUGCGUCUGGUCAGAAAGCAUUGAUUCCACGAAGUACCUAGUCGUGGUUGGCAAAAAUAACAGAGAUUAUAUCGCCAUGGAGAAAUCAGAAACUCAAGUGUUUGAUGUUUCAGAAAUUCAUAUAGCAAGAGGGUACCUUGGAGAAAGCACAUCCUAUCAGAAUGAUAUUGCAGUUCUGGUCUUGAACAAAUUUAUAAGAUAUCAAUCGCAUAUCAAGCCGGCUUGUCUUGAGUGGCGUAACUACGCAAAAAGGGAUCUUCUACCCGAUACGAUGGGUGAAAUUGCAGGUUGGGGUCGAUUUUCGGUAAAUGGUUCCUUCAGUGAUGAUCUAAGGGCUAGCUCUUUGCCGGUUAUAGAUAGAGCCGAAUGUCUUAAAAAAGUAGGGCCCGGAUAUGAAUCGGUGAUUGCAGGUGAUAAGUUCUGCGUCGGUUCCCCUAAUAUCGAUGCAGCUCCGUGUCAGGGUGCCAGUGGAGGUGGCUUUUUAGUGCCAAAACGCAUUGAAGGUAUUCCGACCUACUUUCUAGAGGGUGUGAUUAGCACUAGCUUGAGUAAAGAGAAAUGCGGCACAGAAUAUUAUAUUGCUCUAACAAGUAUACAGUAUCAUGAACUAAUGAUAAAGGAACUUGAAGCAAGAUUUAAGCCUAGAAUCUUUGCCGCAAACAGUGGGUGUAAACCCUACGAAUGGCAAUGCAAAAGUGGACAAUGUAUUUCACUUGACGAGAAAUGUGAUGGGGUUGCAAACUGUGGAGAUCAAAGUGAUGAAAGUAGUGAAUUCUGUCUAGAAACCAACUGUCCAAAUUAUACAUUCAAAUGUGCCUAUGGAGCUUGCGUAUCUGGCAAUGCUAAAUGCAAUGGAAUCAAGGAAUGUUACGAUGGAUCUGAUGAAGCCAAGGACCUUUGCGAUAGUGCAAUUAAUAUAAAUCUCGGGAUGUCAUUACAUUUGAAUGAAACAUCAUCUAAAAUAAGGUCGCGACGACAAGCAAAAGCUAACCCAUGUCGAGUGACACUUGGAUCGAAUAUGAUUAUUUCAACCAAAGCCGAUCCAUUAUUCACCUUCGAUGAUGGAGAUUUUGUAGGUGACCUGACCAACAUAAAAUACUCAUGCACAAGUGGUUACUCUAUCCUGGGUCGGAAGGAAAAUAUAUGCUUUAGAGGCUCAUGGGUAUAUCCUCAACCAAAAUGCUCAAUAACAUGCCCGAAUAGCGUAAUCCAAGGCAUCACAUUCCAAGUUAUUUGCUCAUAUAAUAGGACCACAAUUCCCUGUGAGGACGCCAUUAGACCUGGUACCAUAGCUACUGCAGCUUGUGCAUUAGGGUACCAGAGACCAGACGAAAUGGCGCUUGUUGAUACACUUUCCUGCGGUGCCAAUGGAGAAUGGGACUCUAUUCCUCACAGUUGUGUACCAAUAUGUGGACAACAAACUACAGAAGCGUUCGGUUCGGGUCUUGUGGACGUUAGCAGAAUCCCGUGGCAUGUAGCUAUUUACCAGCGGAGGAAUCAAAGUGUGGAGUUUAUUUGCGGGGGUACUAUAAUAGCUCCUAAAAUAAUAAUUACAGCUGCUCAUUGUGUGUCGUUAAAAAGGAUCGAUCCCACGAAGUACAUAGUCCUGGUGGGGAAAAACUACAGAGAGUAUAGUGCCAAGGAGAAACUAGAAACCCAGGAGUUUAACAUUUCAGAAAUUCAUAUACCAAGAGGCUACUUGGGAGAUAGUGCAUUCUAUCAUAAUGAUAUGGCAAUUUUGGUUCUAAACGAAUUUAUAAGAUAUCAACCCCACAUCAAACCGGCUUGUGUUGAGUGGCGUAGUCACGGAGCAAAGGAUCCUCUACCCAAUACGAUGGGCAAGAUUGCAGGCUGGGGUCGAGUUUCACCAAAUGGUUUCUACAGUGAUGAUCUAAGAGCUAUCACUUUGCCAGUUAUAGAUAGAGAUGAAUGCAUUAGAAAUACAAAGCCUGUCUAUGAACCGUUCGUCGCUGCUGAUAAGUUUUGUAUCGGUUCCCCCGAAGGCGUUGGAGCACCAUGUCAAGGUGACAGCGGUUCUGGUUUUUUGGUUACAAAAGACAUCGAAGGAACCUAUGCCGCAAACAGUGGGUGUGAACCCUUCGAAUGGCAAUGCAAAAGUGGACAAUGUAUUUCACUUGACGUUAAAUGCGAUGGCAUUGCAGACUCUGCAGAUCAAAGUGAUGAAAGUAAUGAAUUCUGUCUAGAAACCAAUUGUCCAAAUUAUACAUUCAAAUGCGCCUAUGGAGCUUGCGUAUCUGCCAAUGCUAAAUGCAAUGGAAUCAAGGAAUGUUACGAUGGAUCUGAUGAAGCCAAGGACCUUUGCGAUGGUGCAAUUAAUAUAAACCUCGGGAUGUCAAUACGGUCGAAUGAAACAUCGUCUAAAAUAAGGUCGCCACGACAAGCAAAAGCUGGCCCAUGUCGAGUGACACUUGGAUCGAAUAUGAUUAUUUCAACCAAAGCCGAUCCAUCAUUCACCUUCGAUGAUGGAGAUUUUGUAGGUGACCUGACCAACAUAAAAUACUCAUGCACAAGCGGUUACUCUAUAAUCGGCCGGAAAGAAAAUAUAUGCUUUAGAGGCUCGUGGGCAUAUCCUCAACCAAAAUGUAUAAUAACGUGCCCGAAUAGCGUAAUCCAAGGCAUCACAUUCCAAGUUAUUUGCACAUAUAAUAGGACCACAAUUCCCUGUGAGGACGCCAUUAGACCUGGUACCAUAGCUACUGCAAUUUGUGCAUUAGGAUACCACAGACCAGACGGAAUAGCGCUUGUUGACACACUUUCCUGCGGUGCCAAUGGAGAAUGGGACUCUAUUCCUCACAGUUGUGUACCAAUAUGUGGACAACAAACUACAGAAGCGUUCGGUUCGGGUCUUGUGGACGUUAGCAGAAUCCCGUGGCAUGUAGCUAUUUACCAGCGGAGGAAUCAAAGUGUGGAGUUUAUUUGCGGGGGUACUAUAAUAGCUCCUAAAAUAAUAAUUACAGCUGCUCAUUGUGUGUCGUUAAAAAGGAUCGAUCCCACGAAGUACAUAGUCCUGGUGGGGAAAAACUACAGAGACUACUUGGGAGAUAGUGCAUUCUAUCAUAAUGAUAUGGCAGUUUUGGUUCUAAACGAAUUUAUAAGAUAUCGACCCCACAUCAAACCGGCUUGUGUUGAGUGGCGUAGUCACGGAGCAAAGGAUCCUCUACCCAAUACGAUGGGCAAGAUUGCAGGCUGGGGUCGAGUUUCACCAAAUGGUUUCUACAGUGAUGAUCUAAGAGCUAUCACUUUGCCAGUUAUAGAUAGAGAUGAAUGCAUUAGAAAUACAAAGCCUGUCUAUGAACCGUUCGUCGCUGCUGAUAAGUUUUGUAUCGGUUCCCCCGAAGGCGUUGGAGCACCAUGUCAAGGUGACAGCGGUUCUGGUUUUUUGGUUACAAAAGACAUCGAAGGAACCUUUGCCGAAAGCAAAGAGUGUAAACCCUUCGAAUGGCAAUGCAAAAGUGGACAAUGUAUUUCACUUGACGUUAAAUGCGAUGGCAUUGCAGACUGUGCAGAUCAAAGUGAUGAAAGUAGUGAAUUUUGUCUAGACACCUACUGUCCAAAUUAUACAUUCAAAUGCGCCUAUGGAGCUUGCGUAUCUGGCAAUGCUAAAUGCAAUGGAAUCAAGGAAUGUUACGAUGGAUCUGAUGAAUCCAAGGACUUUUGCGAUGGUAAUAUAAACUAUGGGAUGUCAUCACGGUCGAAAGAAACAUCAUUUAAAAUAAGGUCGCCACGACAAGCAAAGGCUGGCCCAUGUCGAGUGACACUUGGAGCAAAUAUGAUUAUUUCAACUAAAGCCGAUCCAUCAUUCACCUUCGAUGAUGGAGAUUUUCUAGGUGACCUGGCCAACAUAAAAUACUCAUGCACAAGCGGUUACUCUAUAUUCGGCCGGAAAGAAAAUAUAUGCUUUAGAGGCUCGUGGGCAUAUCCUCAACCAAAAUGUAUAAUAACGUGCCCGAAUAGCGUAAUCCAAGGCAUCACAUUCAGAGUUACUUGCUCAUAUAAUAGGACCACAAUUUCCUGUGAGGACGCCAUUCGACCCGGUACCGUAGUUACUGCAACUUGUGCAUUAGGGUACAUGAAACCAGACGGAAUAGCGCUUGUCGACACCCUUUCCUGCGGUGCCAAUGGAGAAUGGGACUCUAUUCCCCACAGUUGUGUACCAAUAUGUGGCCAACAGACUACGGAAGAGUUCAGUUCGGCUCUCAUGGACGUUACCAGAGUCCCCUGGCAUGUAGCUAUUUACCAGCGGAGUAAUCGAGGUGUGAGGUUUACUUGCGGUGGUACUAUAAUAACUUCUAAAAUAAUAAUUACAGCUGCUCAUUGUGUCUCGUUGAAAAGGACCGAUCCCACGAAGUACAUAGUCCUGUUGGGGAAAAACUACAUAGAGUAUAGUGCCAAGGAGAAAUUAGAAACUCAGGAGUUUAAUGUUUCAGAAAUUCAUAUACCAAGAGGUUACCUGGGAGAAAAUGCGUACUAUUAUAAUGAUAUUGCAGUUUUGGUUCUAAACGAAUUUAUAAGGUAUCAAUCCCAUAUCAAACCCGUUUGUGUUGAGUGGCGUAGUCAUGCGAAAAAAGAUCCUCCACCCGAUACGUUGGGCAAGGUUGCAGGCUGGGGUCGAGUUUCAUCAAAUGUUUCCUUCAGUAAUGAGCUAAGAGCAAUCACUUUGCCAGUUAUAGAUACAAACGAAUGCAUUAAAAAAAUACCGCCCGAAUAUGAACCGUUCGUUAAUGCUGAUAAGUUUUGUGUCGGUUCCCCCGAAGGUGCUGGAGCUCCAUGUCAAGGUGACAGUGGUGCCGGUUUUUUAGUUGCAAAAGACAUCGAUGGUAUCCCGACCUACUUUCUCGAGGGCGUCGUUAGUACUAGCUUAAGCAGAGAUCACUGCAGUUCAAAAUCUUUUGUAGCAUUUUCAAAUAUACAAUAUCAUGAGCUUAUGAUAAGGGAAAUCGAAGGAAAUGUUACGCCUAAAUAAUAAAAAGUGCCAACAUUGUCUUUAUAACUUUUUUUUUAAUAAAUUGAUUAUUUUCGAUAUAA